AUUACAGAGGGUCUUGGCACACUCGCGUUAGGCGCAUUUGGUCGUAUUACAGAUGGUCUGGGAGGAUAUUGAUUAGAAUUUUGAUGGUAGUUAGAUGUAGACGGUCUAACUUGCAUAGGUUGAUUCGGCAUAGGGUAAUUUUGAGGCUGGGGCUGGUUAAACUGUCUCGGGGCAAGACUUGUAGACUGUUGUCUCCGUUGGCAUUCAUUUGUCAAGUGACCGGGACGAUUACAAAAAUUACAAAUUUUAGGGUUUGGUCUUCGAUUAACAGAAUUUUGAUUCGGGUUUGAGGCCCUGGCGAAUUUUUGUCGUUCCAAAUAUGAGAGUUGUAACUCUCGUUUGAUAUACGAAACUGCGGUCAAGAUAUCCGUGGGAUGUCCUGAUCGUACAACAGGUCCUAUUUUCGAGUCUAAUCCUGUGAAUAGACAAUUUAAAGUCAUCGUGGAAUGCAUUUUGGCUGCAUGCGUCUGCAGUCUAGAUUCAAAGGUUAGGGGUGAUUCAUUGGGGAGUUGGCGCAUGUGUUGAAGAUCCGUGAUUAAAGAUGUGAGAUCUCUAAGAUCUCCAAAGUGCGUUUCUAACAGGGACCGUAUGUCUUCCCACGUGGAAGGCU